AUGGAGAAGAUUAAAAAUUUUGAAGAACUUAUCAGCGACUACAUCGGUCCUAAUAAAAUUGUGGUGGAUACCAAAGUACGUAACUUAACUGCACCUGGAGAAAACUAUUUAAGUGAUAUCAUUAAAAUUGAUAUAAUUUUAAAAGACAAAGUUAGUAAUAAAAAUGAAGAUUUGUCUCUGGUAGCUAAAUUGUCUAUAACUCAUGAUUUUAUGGGUCCUACGUAUAACAUGACUAAAAACGAAGUCAUUUUUUAUAGAGAUAUAAUUCCUACUAUAAAAAGCUUUCAUAAAAAACAUGGUUUACCUUACCCCUCGUUUUAUCCAGAUUUUGCAGGAGGUCGAAUUAAUUUGACAGGAGUAGAAGAUAAGGCUGAUGAAGACGCUGUUUUAAUUCUGGAAAAUUUAGUAACGAAAGGGUACAAAAAUCUGGACAGGCAUGUGGGAUUUGAUUUGGCUACAUCUAAACUGAUUUUAAAAGAUCUGGCAAUGUUCCAUGCAGUACCCUUAGCCAUAAGGUUAUCGGAACCUGAAGAAUUUACGAGAUUAGUUAAAAAUAUGUCCAUGUCUCUUCCACCAAAGCCGAAAGAUAAAGAACCACCAUCGAUUUUUAAAAUAAUGGUAGACACAUUAAGUGCAAAUGAUAAAUAUAAAACAGUGGCUGAUAAGUUAAUAAAAAUGUUAGCUGAUUUUACGAAAAUAAUGGAGGAAGCUCCAGAAAAGAUGUUUAGUAACCAGUCUAUGAGAACGUUUUCGACAAUUAUACAUCAAGAUAUGUGGAUCAAUAAUACAAUGCAAGUUAUCGAAAACGAUGUAGCAAUUAAAAAUAAAUUUGUUGAUUUUCAAAUGAGCCAAGUCGGUUCGCCUGCCGAUGAUAUAAUUUUUUUCCUCUUCAGCAGUGUCGAAUAUGAAUGCCUCAAAAAUAAUCUCGACAGCUUAAUUAAAUAUUAUUAUGAAGAAUUUAUAUGCAUAUUAAAAAAACUGGAUUUAUAUAACGACUAUUUUUCAUACGAAAAUCUUUUGGAAGAAUUUAAAACAUCAGGAAAAUUGGCUAUUGUACGAAAUUUAUUUAUGCUACCCAACGUUAUUUUUGGAGAGAAAGGAAAGGCAGCUGAUCAAGGAAAAUUGGGCGAGAUGACAGUUGAAGAUAUACAUCCAACUGCACUCAAAAAGAUGAUUUUAUUAUGCAUAGAAGCUGCUGAAAGGGACUGGCUGUAA